CCUUCACCGUGUCCUGGGGUCCUCGGCCUCAGGCCCCACUUCCUCCCUUCUGCGCCCUCUCCCCCCGUCUUCCACGCCUGCCCCUGCCUGUGUCCAGCAGGUGGGCGCCGGCCGGACGUCUGGAGGCUGCCGUGCUGGGCUGUCUGCCAAGGCUCUUCCUGGGGCCCGUUUCUGGUGCCCGAGGCCCAUGCUUGGGCCUGUUGAGCUCCCCAGAGAAGGUUCUGGACUCCCGGCCACACGGCUGGCCCUGCUCUCCCGUCCCUGCGCCCCGUGGGGUGGGGGUCUCCAGCCGCGCCUGGGGUUCUCGCCCCCCGGCCUCGGCCCCGCGGUCCCCCUGCCUCUGUCACCAGCAGCGGCACCUGCUCCCGCCCUGCCUCUCGCCGGCAAGACAGAAACAAGCAACUGGAAACCUGGGUGUGGCUCAGCGCGUCGCGUGGUGCCGGGAAGCAGCAAGACGCGCCGGGGCCUUUGCUCCGCCCGCCACGUGCACCCGGACCUCCACCUUUAACCUCUAGCACGCUCACGCACUCUGGCUGCCGCGGCAUUUGGGCGGGACACGGAAACCACGCGGGCACGAGGCCCCUCUCGGUGGCGCUGCCGGCCGCACUGAGCCCCGCUCCUUGCCGGCCGUGGAGCUGGGACCUGGCGCCAGACUGUCUGGGGAGGGGCGGUGGCCGCGCACAGACCCAGCGGGGCCCAGCCCCGGGCCCUGCUCUGACGCCGGCGGACUCGGCGUUGGCCUGUCCACGGGGCCUCGCACUCUCCUCGUCCUACGACAGCCUGGACACGGCUGAUUUUCUGCCUCUCCGCCGGGGCAGGAACGAGUGGAGCCCCACCGGCAAGGGACGCACGGCCACCAGCUCAGCCCAGCCACGGCGGCCGGCAGUCAGGGAAGCUUCUCGAGGUGCUGGUGCGGCAGCUGUCUCCAGAUCAGUCUUGGGGGACCCUGCAAGGUGCCUGCAAGGGCGCCCCUCAGGUGGGCGCCGGUCAGGUGGGCGCCCCUCAGGUGGGCGCCGCUCAGGUGGGCGUCCCUCAGAUGGGCCCCGGUCAGGUGGGCGUCCCUCAGGUGGGCACCGCUCAGGUGAGGGUCCCUCAGAUGGGCACCGGUCAGGUGGGCGUCCCUCAGGUGGGCACCGCUCAGGUGAGCGUCCCUCAGGUGGGCGCCGCUCAGGUGGGCGUCCCUCAGGUGGGCGCUGCUCAGGUGGGCGUCCCUCAGGUGGGCGUCCCUCAGGUGGGCGUCCCUCAGAUGGGCCCCGGUCAGGUGGGCGCCGCUCAGGUGGGCACGUCGUCCCCUCGGCCAGCACGCAGCUGGACCCUGCCGAAUUCCGCACUUGGACGUCUCCCGGCACCUCCUCCUGCUGGGACGGGCACCUGCCUGGCCGGUGCUGGUCCUGGAGACGCCACCGUGGAGCCGCCGCGGAGCAGGUGCCCCGGCACAUCCCGGAAGUGGCUCUGUAGGGGGUGAGGGCGCCCCACGUGGGCUCUGCACAAGAACAAAGGUCGGCUGAUAAGAGAGGGCUUUGGAGCUGGUCCCAGCCGGGCCGGCCGGCUGUGGCAGCGAGCAAGGGAUCCUGGCGCAGCGGCCCGGUUCCGUGCUCAGGACGGGCAGGUGCCCGGCGAGGCCCCGCACCCGGGCCUGGCAGGACACUCGCAGGCAGGGGUGCGGCUGUGGGCCUGCUCAGUCUGUCCCCUCGGCGGGAGCCGGCCGACAGCUCACAGGGGCUGGUGCUGCAGAAGCCCCUCCUCGCUCCCGCCCUCCCCCAAGGGGGUAAACGCAGCUGCACAUCUGAAACGGUGAUAAAAGCGAGGUUUGAGGACAGCUCCCUGGACUCUGGUCUGCGCUGGCGGCCGUGUCGGUGACGCUGGGCCUCAGCUCAGAGGCCGGAGGGCUGCCUGUCUCCCGGCCCGGGAUUUGCUCUCACGCAUUGUAGCCUCUGUCUCCACGCUUUGAGGGGGAAGAGGCCGUCCGCGAUCCAUGUUGUCCUCCUCCGGGGCAGAGCGGCUCUCGGGGCGACAUCACCAUGUCAUCCUCCACAAAAGCCCACGCGCUGGGCGAGCUCGCUCCCGGCUGCGAGGAGAGGCCGAAGGGAAAGUCUCUGCUCGCCUGGGGCUCCCUGUUUGGUCACCGGAGUGAGAAGAUCAUCUUUGCCAAGAGCGAGGGCGGCCCCGGUGAGAGCGUGCUGACCGUCACCAUCACCGAGACCACGGUCAUCGAGUCGGACCUGGGCGUGUGGAGCUCGCGUGCGCUGCUCUACCUGGCGCUGUGGUUCUUCUUCAGCUUCUCCACGCUCUUCCUCAACAAGCACAUCCUGUCCCUGCUGGAGGGCGAGCCCAGCACGCUAGGUGCCGUGCAGAUGCUGUCGACCACGUUCAUCGGGUGUAUCAAAAUAUUUGUUCCCUGCUGUUUGUACCAGCACAAAGCGCGGCUCUCGUAUCCGCCCAACUUCAUCAUGACUAUGCUAUUCGUGGGCCUAAUGAGGUUUGCGACGGUGGUUUUGGGUUUGGUGAGCCUGAAAAACGUGGCGGUUUCGUUUGCCGAGACGGUGAAGAGCUCCGCGCCCAUCUUCACCGUGAUCAUGUCUCGGAUGAUUCUGGGGGAGCACACAGGGCUGCUGGUCAACCUGUCCCUGGUCCCGGUCAUGGCGGGGCUGGCCCUGUGCACAGCCACCGAGAUGAGCUUCAACAUCCUGGGCUUCUCCGCCGCACUGUCCACCAACAUCAUGGACUGUUUGCAAAAUGUUUUUUCCAAGAAGCUCCUCAGCGGGGACAAGUACAGGUUCUCGGCCCCGGAGCUGCAGUUCUACACGAGCGCCGCGGCCAUGGCCAUGCUGGUUCCCGCCUGGAUCUUCUUCAUGGACGCGCCGGUGAUCGGGAGGAGCGGGAAGAGCUUCGGCUACAACCAGGACAUCGUGUUGCUGCUUCUGACGGACGGUGUCCUGUUCCACCUUCAGAGCGUCACGGCCUACGCCCUCAUGGGGAAGAUCUCCCCUGUGACUUUCAGUGUCGCCAGCACAGUGAAGCACGCCCUGUCCAUCUGGCUGAGCAUCAUCGUUUUCGGCAACAAGAUCACCAGCCUGUCGGCCGUGGGCACCGUCCUGGUGACGAUCGGCGUCCUGCUCUACAACAAGGCCAAGCAGCACCAGCAGGAGGCCAUGCAGAGCCUGGCCGCGGCCCCCGCCCGGGCCCCAGAGGACGCUGAGGAGCCGCUGGUUCCCAAGGACCCCAGACAGCAGCACUGAGCUCGGGACGCCGCCGGGUGCCCAGGACCCGCCGGCUGCUGCAGUCCUGACCAACGCCACGGCCCCUGGAGACCAGGCGCCGGAGACGCUCCCUCCAUAGCCACAGCCGGGCAGCAGCAGAGGGGCUGUGUUUGUGGAAGGGGGCGUUUCCUGCUCCUUUCUUGGUUUUUCCGUUAAAACCAGUGGAAAGUCAGAGACUCCAGUUCCCUGGGCGCAGACCAGAGCCCAGCUCAGCUGAGCCCCUCCCUGUGUAAUGUGAAAACGGCCUCGCAGCCCCCGUCCCCUGUGUGAUGACCACUGGGGUCCCGUGCCCUGCCCAGAGCCAGCAGAGAGAACUCUGCUUCCCCACACCAGCCACGACAGGCCACUGAAGCCCUGGGCUGUCUGGACACGGCCCGCUGUGCUGGGACCAAAGUCCGAAGUGUCCACAGCCCGGGCGCAGAGGCUACAGCGCCUCUCAGAGCAGGGCAGACGCUGGAGGGGACAGGCCCAGGGGAGCGAGUCUCCUGUGCCAAGGAUGGGUCCCCAUCUGACCCAGACUAUCCUCCCAAACACCAUGGGGUCAUCACAUGCCCUCAAAGCCACAGUGUCAUGUGACCUCUCUCAAGGGAGAGAUUGUUCACGGAGGGUCCUUAGGUCACCUCUGUGGGGGUAGAGGCUCCCCCGUUUCGGAGCCUGCGCUGUGCCAAGCCACCUGCCUCCUGAGCCUACAUGGCCCAGCUCCCUGUACGGUGACAUCAGUCCCCGAGGCUGAGGACAAGCGACGGGAGAUGCUGACAUUCCUUUUCUUCUCUGGACGCUUGUGAGUGUCGGGGUGUUCUGAGGCUCCCUGGACUCCUGCUCCUGGUCUCGCCUGUGACCACCCCAUUCGGUGCCCCACGUGCACGGGUGAGCAGCAGGGCACUGGGCAGAACAUCUGGACUGUCUACCGAUUUGGUCAUCCUGCAUCUAGAGCGACACUUUUUACUGAGGGAAACACACAUCCAGAAGAUUUCUGGAGUCACCGUGUGCAGGUAAACCAUGCCCUGCAGACAGCCCUGCUCUGCCUGGCUCUCCUGGGGGGAUGGUGACACUGCAGCCCUGGGGCCAUCGGGUGAGCUGAGCUUAUCCUUCACUGAUGUCAUUCGAGCCCCGGGGCGUGGAAGCCUGAGGAGCGCACGGAGGACCACGCCGGUGUGUGAGCCGCGUGCAGGCCGAGGUUUCCGUCUCUGUCCUGUCAGGGUUCUCACUCGAGGCACCGUGCGUUGCCAGCCAGUCUGGAGUCACUCCGCCACCCGGGCUGCUGGGGCCCGUCAGAGGCAGCCACCCAGCACUAAUUGUUCCCUGGGCCUCACUGCCCCUCCUUGCUGUUCAGGUCUUUGGUGGCCCUAUCAGUUCACUGGUUUUCCAGUUGGCUUCUCACCUGGAAAUUAUGAACAGUCCCUCCUGAAGACAAAAUCUCUCAGAAACAAACAGCAAUAAUUACGUCUCAUUAGGUUCUACCGACUUGGAAAAGUUUGCCAUGACCAUGGGCCAACGCCAGGCCUUUUAACCCACAAGCCGGCUUUAAAGCAGUUGACCUGAGCCUGGAGGACGGCCAGGUGUGUGCUCACCUGCACAGCAAGCUCCCUCCCCGAGAAGUUGGUUUCUCAUUCAUGCGAUUUUCCCUGGGCUUCUAUUUCCCAUACUCUUUUCCUGCUUCCUUUCCCCCACAACAAAAGGAAACAAAAUUGACUGGCAGUGGCCAGGUGGGGAGGGAGGUUGGAUUGACCUGUGAAGACCCGGUUGGAGGCCCCUCCCCAGGGCGCUGCCCACCCCCACCCUUGCAGCUGUGCAGCUGCCGGCCGUGGGACGUGAGCAGGGCGGGUGUCUCUGUGGAGUCGGCUGCGAGAUUUCACACUGGCCUCUCGCAAAGGCCGUGGUCUGAGGGUAGCUAGAGGCGCAGACACCUGGUUUCCCAGGGCUGUCUGGAACUCUGGUCCCACAGGCCACGUGGAAUCGAAGCUUCCCAUCAUACGUGUCCCUUCACUCUCACAGGCAGCUUUCAGCCUGUUUUGAUUUUCUAAAUUUGUGGACCAGAAAGAAAACAAAUUAUUUUCCUAAAUUAUUAGCAAAUAAAGCAAUUUACUAUAGAGCUGCUUUUGAGACCUUUCCUCACCCCAAGUGGAAGGAUCACAGAGCCUGUGCUAUGGCUGGCGCUGUGCCCUGGCUUGGGGACACAUUCCUGCCUCUUCGUGCUGUCUCCACGCUCAAGUCAGUUUCCAGCCGCCACUUCUCACAGCAUUUCCAGGACAGCCCUGUGCCCAGAGACAAAGCCCAAGGCCUGGCUUGAGCAUCUAAUGAUUUGUACAGACACGAUAUUUUUUUAAUUAACUUUGUCUAGGACUUUUGUAGAAUAGUAUGUUCUUGUUGAACUGACGCAAACGUGCUUAUAGAAACAUUGACACUAGGUGUCAUUACUUCCAUUGGGUUAAUUCCUCCCAUCUAUGGUCACUGUGUCUUUGAACCAGACCUUUGAGUUGGGUCACUGGCUUGCUUACGUUGGUGCUCAGAGAUGUACAGAUCUCUGACUUUCAAGGAAACUGCCCCUACCGAAUGCCAUAGAAAGAUUCUUACUAAAAAUUCUGUUAGUCAUAAUUUCCUGUAUAACAGCAUUAAAAUAAUCUGCCUGCCUGGAAAGUUGAGAAUACUCUUGCACAAUCCAAAAUGUGUCUUUAAUUUGAGAAAAAUAAACAUGGUGAAUUAGACACAGUAAAAAAAAAAAAAAAAAGGCUGUACAAAGAAUGUCAGUCAAACAGAGCUCCACUUUGUAGCGGCCUUUCCAGUAUUUGUCACAAAACCAGUGAGUUUUACUUCCUGCUGUGACACGGCUCUCGGUGGUCACUUGGGCAGGUCUGUGGGCAUGACAGACAAACAGGACAGCUUUUUACAUCUGUCCAUGUGACGCGCUUGCCAAGCCCUGGCAGUGUCUUCACUGCUUCCUUGGGUUGGGUGUUAUUACAGAUGGAAUGACCAGCGUCGUACUAAGGGCUUUAUUCUUCCCCCAAAUACGUAUGUGCCCUAGGUGGGGCCUCGUUUCUUAGUUUAUAAAAUCAUCCCGGCUUCCCUGAUGACUCUGGCUAUUUCUCUCUGUCCUGGCUGAGGACCCCCAAGUCAGUCCUUGUGGUCAUGCUGACCUAGGUCUGCACUCACUGCAGCUCAGAGCAUGGAAAUCUUCCUAACCCUGACCUUGCUAUCGCUGAAAUAUUUCUUCCAGUUUUCCUGGGGGCUGUGACUCUGAGUUUAAUAGCUGCCGGAUCCUCAUUCAGACAUCCAAAAAUUCACUUGGAAAGUAUUCCAACUGGCAAAGUCCUUUUUUGUCUGUUUGUUUUUAGAAAACUGUGGAAUAUUGGCAUUCAGCUGAUUAGCUAUUCCUAGACUGUUCACAGACAGAUGUGUGAGUCUGAACCUGUCCAAGGGGUGUUGUAGGUUCCACCUUGAAGAGGGCCACAGUCAGGGCAAAUUUCCCACAUUCAGAAACUUGAAAAUUGUCUCAAUAAUCAUCUUCCUCAGAGCCAAAUUACAUUUGCUUUAUGCCAAACAAACUGUGGAGGACUAAAAGUACAUUGUACAAAAUGUUUACGGUAUUUUGUAUGUCACCUGUUUCAGUAUUUAUGUGACUAAAUAAGUGCUUCCUAAUGGUUCUGUUAAAUAAUUUAGUGAGUCACUGUUAAUUCUGUGGUGGUAAUAAGUUGAUACUGUGUAAUUAAUCCUGUGGAAGCCUUCUGGUUAUUUUGCUCUAAAAUAAGCAGCCAUGGUAAGCAACUGUCUAUGACUCUUGCUCUGUAAAAGUAAAAUAAAUGUUAAAUAUGUC